AUGUUUGACGUGAACCCCAACCUGAAGUGGGUCCCCUGGAACGGCACCCUGCCCAACGGGGCAGUGGGGAUCUUCAACGGCUACACCUCCCGCCCCGACUACGUCUGCAAGUUCAACUGCGAGGCCGGCUUCUACACGCCCAGCAAAGGCAACUACUGCCAGUACCCUUACGCCGACCAGGAGUACACAGCCAUCAAGUUCGACAUCCUGGUCAACGUAGACCACUUCGAGUUCCUUGAGUGGAUCGAAGACUCCUACGGGUCUGUGCCAAGAGACGCGGUCCAGACGUGCCCGAGGGCUGGCAUCUACGUGGGCAAGAACAAGUACGGCCUGGGCAAGGUGGUGCCCGACCACGAGGCCUUCUUCCUACCCUGGGAAGGGGACGAGUACUGGUACAAGAAGUACCACGUGCUGUCGAUCAACACCGAGGCCUACAGCCAGCACAUCUCGCACGUGGAGUACGGCAUUGACGAGGUGGAGCUCUUCCACUAUCCCCCGGAGACGAUCCAGCUGGCCAAGGUCACCAACUACGAGUGCCGCGAGGUGGAGAAGACCGUCCUCCUGGAGAAGACCACCACCAUUGAGAAGUCCUGGGAUAUCGGCCGCGAGACCCGCAACGGCACCGUGUCCACGAUGAAGGGCAAAGUCCCCGUGCUGAAUCCGGGCAACGUGGAUUACACCAAGGAGCAGACGGUCACCUUCUCCGAGGGCACCACAACGGUGGAGUCCAUCAGCCACUCGAUCUCGGUCCAGGUGCAGGUGAAGCCCAACCACUCGUGCGCCGUGAGGAUGGACGCCAGGAAGAUGACGGCCGACAUCCCCUUCACGGCCCGCCUGAGCCGCACGUACGAGGACGGCAACACACACUGGACCACGGUGACCGGAACCUACGACGGCGUGAGGAUCGGGGAGAUCAACGCCGUGGUGGAACGUUGCCAGCCCAUCCCUGACGCUCCUCCAUGCUACUGA